AUGGCCAUAGAAGCCCCUGUGAACUUUGCACCACCUGAACGCAGCACUGUGGUCAGCACCGCAGGCGACAGCUCCACCUGGCAGCCCAACUCACUCAGGAUGCACGUCAUCAGGCCCAAGUCUGCCAAGGGCCGGAAGCGGCCGAAUUUGCACAGACCACAAGGCAUGGGGGACGGUGGGGACGGCUCCCCCAGUGCACUAUCCUCUUCACCCCCACCACAGUCCUCCGGGUCUCCAAGCAACCAGAAACCAGGAGUCUGUGCCACGGUCUCAAUAUCUCAGGGAGCUCCUGAUGAGAUGCAGGAGCUGCUGCAGCAGGCGCCCAUACGGACCACUUCAUCUCUCAACAGGUACCCGGUCCUUCCAUCCAUCAACAGGAGGAGCUUAGAGGAGGGGGCUGUGGACACUGUGGCCAGCAAGACCAGUUCCCUGCAGCUGAGCAGCGUCCAGGCCCUUUACCAAGAGGAGUCAGGCCAGGAAGACUCCAGAGCCCAAGUUUGUGCCUUAGAGAAGAAAUUCAUCAUCCGAACCAAAAGACAGAGUUCCUCCCGGGCCUCAAACAUUGAGGAGCCAUCGGACGAAGAGCCGAGGCUGCUGCUGGCCGUCCGGUCACCCUCAGGCCAAAGGUUCGUGCGCUACUUCAGGCCCAGUGAUGACCUCCAGACCGUCCUCGAGGUGGCCGAGCAGAAAAACAAAACAACCUACCAACACUGCAGCAUUGAGACGAUGGAGGUGCCCAGGAGACGUUUCUCUGAUCUCACCAAGUCCCUUCAGGAGUGUGGCAUCCUUCAUAAAUCCGUGCUGGGCAUCUCGCAGGAGGAGGGGGAGGGGUGGCCCUGA